AUGUCAAAUAAUAAUGAAGAACAUAAUGAAAAUUGUGUCAGAGUAGCAUUAAGAGUUAGGCCUUUAUCAACAAAAGAAAUUAAUGAAAGAUCAGUGGAAGUUGUAAAAUAUGUAGAUAAUGAACCCCAAGUUAUUAUAGGUGAUAAAGAUCAAACCUUUACAUUUGAUUAUGUAUUUAAUGGAAAAUCUAAACAAGAAGAAAUUUUUGAUCAGUGUGUAUAUGGCCUUGUAGAUAGUUUAUUUGAAGGUUAUAACUCGACAAUUUUAGCAUAUGGUCAAACUGGCUCAGGUAAAACUCAUACAAUGGGUAGCACUAGUACAGUUGGUAUAGAUUCAGAAGAUUUAGGUGUAAUCCCAAGAGUUAUAGAUUUAGUAUUCGAUAAACUGGAGAGUAAAAAAGAUACUCAUCAAAUUGUAUUAAAAGUUUCAUUUUUAGAAUUAUAUAACGAAGAAAUUAGAGAUAUGUUAAAUCCGUAUCCAGCACCAGGUGGAUUACCUAUACGUGAAAAAUCAAAUGGAGAAGUUUAUAUACCUGGUUUAGUUGAAGAAGUUGUUAGAUCAAGAAAACAGAUGGAAGAUGCACUUAUUAGAGGUUCACAAUCAAGAACUGUUGGCUCAACAUUAAUGAAUAUACACAGUAGUAGAUCACAUGCAAUUUUUUCAAUUAUAGUCGAACAAACACCAAUAAACUCACCACAUAUAACCAGAACAACAACAACCCCUUCUCUAGAUGGUAAUUGUUUACCUUUAAAAAAAGAUAAUAGUAACGACAGUAUAGAUGGUGGAGGCACUACAGUUGUCGAGGAGAUCGAUUUAGAUGACGAGGAUAUGUCGAUGGAUGAAAGAAACCCCUCAAUAAGAUCAAUGUUUCAUUUUGUAGAUUUAGCAGGUAGCGAAAGAGUAAAGAAAACUAAAGCAGAGGGUCAACGUUUAAAAGAAGGUAUCAAUAUCAAUAGUGGUUUGUUGGCACUAGGUAACGUUAUUAGUGCUUUGGGUGACACUAGAAAGCUGAACAAUAAAGCAAAACAUAUUCCAUAUAGAGAUUCAAAACUAACUCGUAUGCUCCAAUCCUCGCUUGGUGGUAAUUCUAAAACUUUAAUGGUGGCCUGUGUUAGUCCUGCUGAUUCAAAUUUUGAAGAGACCCUUAAUACACUUAAAUAUGCAUAUAGAGCAAGAAAUAUUAUGAAUAAACCAGUUGUAAAUAUAGAUCCUGUAACACAACAAAUUAUUUUAUAUAAAGCCCAAAUUCAACUUUUAAAAGAUACAUUAGAGAAAUGCUCUUGUAGAGAUUUAGAUAUUCACACAAUACUUUCUCAAAUGCCAACUACAACUAUAGAAAUUAAACCAGCAUCCCUACCCUCCUCAAAUAUUAGUAAUAAUAAUAAUAAUAGCAAUAGUAAUAAUAGUAGUGGUAAUAGUGGAUUUAGACCAAGUAGAUCAAGUUCAUCUUUAUCAUCAUCAUCUGCAACUGCACCAAUAAAUAGGUCAAAACCAAAUAACAAUAAUAGUAAUCAACAACAAGCUCAUCAACAUCAAACCAAUAAUGUUGUCGUUAAUAACUCAAUCGAUAAAGAAAAAGAAAAGGAAAUUUUUGAUUUAAAUAUGAAAGUUUCACAAUUAGAAUUUGAAAACAAUAUGCUCGAAGAUAUUUCAAAUAAGGUUACCAGCAAAUAUAAAGCAUUGGCGAAUAAGAAUAAACAAUUGGAGGAGCUUGCAUAUAAUUUUAUAAAUAAUUUUUCACCCAAUAAAGAUCAAACAUUUUUUAAUGAGGUAUUCGAACAGUUUAAUUCAGCACUAAAUAAUACAAAUCAACAGCAACUUGAUGACCAACCUCAACAAGAUCAAAAUCAAAAUCCAAAUGAAGGAAUAGAGUUUUUUGAAGAUGAUAGCGAAGAGUUAUCAGAUUUAAGUCAAUAUAUUACUGAAAAGGAAGAAGAGUUAGAAUUAAUAUCAAAAACAAAGCAUCAAUAUCAACAGAUGAAGGAACAAUUUGACCAAAAAUUAAAAGAGUUAGAGAGCCAAUUGGAGGAAGUUAGGGAAGAGAAGGAUCAAGCAUUAAAAGCAUUAGAAAAAGACAAUACAAUUGGUAAUGAAAAAGUUGCAUCCUAUGAGGAUGAGAAAUAUCGUCUUACUCAAUUCUAUGAAAAGAAGAUUAACGAAUUAAAGUCCCAAUUAGAUCAACACUCUGGCUCAAAUAAAAAAGAUUAUCAACGUUUGUUGGAUCUAAAGAGAAAGAGUGAAGAGAAGAUUGACUCACUUCAACAAGAUAUCAAAGAUACCAAGAGACAAAAAUCAGAUCUAUUAAAGAAAAUGAGAGAUGAACUAAAGAAACGUGAUGAUGCCAAACAACACCAAGCCAAAGAAUUAGAAUCUCUUAAAAGAGAGGCAAGAAAGUCUGGAGUCAUUAUUGACCAAUUAAAGAACCAGUCCAAAAAGAAAGAUUUAUUACUUCAAAAGAAAAUUGAUGAAUCAGAAUCAUAUAAAAGGAAAUUAAAAGAUAUUGAAACUCAUAAACAACGUGUAAUUCAACCUAUUAAACCCUCAUCAACCAAACCACCUGUUUCAUCAUUGUUUUCCUCAUCAUCAUCAACAGCAUCAGGAACAAAUAAAAAACCUCUCAGAAAAUCAAUUGCUGAACCAUAUUGGAGAGAAUGGAUUAUUAAUCAAAUUCAAAAGAAUUUAGAAAGAAAUGAAUUACAGGAAUUAUUACAAAAAGAUUUUAAAAAUAAAGAGCUUUUCGUUAGACAAUCAAACGAUUUAAAGAAAGCAUUCACAAGUACACCACCAAAAUUAAGUAAAGCAGAAUAUAACGAACAAUCACAAUUCCUUGAACAAAAUAUUAAAAAUCAAAACGAAAAAAUUAGUAAAUCUCAAACCCAAUUGGCUAUUAUAUCAAAUGAUUGUUUAGAUGCCCCUGAAAUUCUUAGAAUGGUUAGUAACACCAGUUUUGAUAAACUUCCAAAAUUAAUUCAGUCUGCUUUAGAGCUUUGUAUAGAAUAUGCUGAAUUAAAUAGAAAGAAUCAACAAAUUUUAAAUAAUCUAAGUAAAUCAUCACCAUCACCAUCAUCUUUAUUAUCUACCUCAAAUACCAUGCCUCCACCAUUAUCGCAAAAUACAACCAAUAUUCAACCAAUUCAUCCUCCAAUAUCUGAACAAGCUUUAGAGCAAAGAAGUAGCUCUUUUGCUUUAAUGGAAGGAAUAAAAGCAGCCAAAUUAGAAAGAAAAAAUAGUGAAAAUAUAAAUACCAAUGUAAAUAUAACAAAUGAAAUUAAUAAUAAACCAAAUCAACUACCACAGAAACAAUUACAACAACUACCAUCACAACCAGCUAUUAUAUCAGAAACAACUACACCUCAAGAUUACUCAUCUCCAAGUACAAGUAGUUUAGGUCAAAAACUAGAUCAAUUAUUGGAAGAAAUUAAAUUAGAUAAAGAGAAAAGAGAAAAAAAUCGUUUAUUAAAUGGCUAUCCACCAAUGAAUAAUAAUAGUAGUGGUAAUAAUAAUAAUAGUGGUUUUACACCAAUUUUAGUUAGUCCACAACCAAUAACCACUUCAUCACCUUUAAGUAGUCAAUCAUUACCAAAUAAUUUAAAUCAUCCAUCAAAGAAUAUUGCACCAUUAAAUAUCUCAUCACCUUCAUUACUUGUGACAUCGUUGGAUGAUAAUAUUUUAGAUCAUUCAGUAUUUGAUAAAGAUUUCCUAGAUACCGAUAUUGCUUUAGAUUCCACUUUAAAGAAAGGUACACUAUCACCAACUCAUAAACAUAAGAAAACUAUUUCACUUCAAAACUCACCAAUUGGUUUGGCUGAAGGCAACAGUAGUUCAAAUCCUGGUGGCAGUAGUAUAAAUAGUAGCACUGGUAGUACCGGUAGUUUAAGCAAUGAUGUAUUUACAAGACUAUCAUCACAACCUAGACCAGAUUCUAGAUUAAAGAAAUAUAGAGACAAAUUAAAUAUUGACGAUUAUUUAUUGGCAAUUAAAAAGAACACCCACGAUCCAAAUGAAAACUUUCUUCGUUGCAACUGGACUUUUAAUGGACAUGAUGGAAGUCUUUUAACAUUGACUCUUGAUGAACAAAAUCCAAAGAUAUUAUAUAGUGGUGGUUCAGAUAAAAACAUUAAGCUUUGGGAUUUAAAUACUGGUGAUAAUAUGAUGGAUCUUUCUAGUCCAGGUCCUGUAAGAUCAUUAUGUGUAAAUCAAUCAUCUGGCUUUAUGUUUAGUGGGGGUUCCGAAAGAAUUGUAAAGGUCUGGGAUAUUAGAUCACCAUCCAAUGCAAAUCUAUCAAUUUUUAAAACACCAAGUGAUGUAACAUCAUUGGUUACCUAUGGCAACUAUGUAGUGGCUGGUUUAGAAAAUGGUACAUUUAAGGUUUGGGAUAUACGUCACAUGCAAAAACCACUUAAAACACCCUUAACAACAAUAUCUCAUCACAGCGGCAGUAUUUUUUCAAUGUCAACAACUUCCAAAUAUUUAGUUACUGCCAGUAGAGAUCAUACUAUAAAUUUAUUCCAUCGUGAUAGUUUUGUAUUGGCUCAAAAACUUCAACCUCCUCACCAUGAUGGUGUUACAAGCAUAGCAGUAUUGGAUGAUGUAAUCUAUAGUGGUAGUAGAGAUAAAUCAAUUAAGAAAUGGGAAAUAUCCUCAUCAAACAUUUUAAAUCUAUCAAAUACCAAUCCAAUUGAAACUAUACCAACAAAUACUUUAAAUAAUAAUAGCAAUAGUUUACUUCCACAACAACAGGCUCAACAAGUACCACCAAAUCUUAAAACAUCCACUGAUACACUCUUUGUAAGUAAUCAAUUCCAACAAACCAGAUUAUUAAACAAUGCUCACAACGAUUGGGUCAAUUGUUUAUGUAUCCAUAACGGAACGGUUUUCUCUGGUGGAAAGGACUCAAAUAUAAAAGGUUGGGAUCCUAACUUUACUUCAAAUAACCUCUUGGUUGGUCACGAUUCUUCAAUUACUUGUAUGAUAUCCUCUGGAAAAGAAUUCCUUUUCUCUGGUAGUGUCGAUAAAUCAAUUAAAAUUUGGAAACCAUCAAAUUAA